UCUCGGAAACCAAACACAGACAAAAGUAAAACAUCUAGACAAAGAUUAUCACUUUCAACUGUUCUCUAUUUUUCUCCAACAUAACCGCCAUAGCCUCCGAAAAUGGCGGCUUCCACUUUCCACUUCAUCACCAACCGUCAAAACCUACAAAGAACAGUUAAAAAAAAAAACACCAAACAAUUUUAUGUCUUUUCUCAAACUUCCUAAAAACUCAAUCUUAAUAUCUCAGAAUCAUCAAUGGCGACCAUGUCUGCGAAUUUCAUCUUGUUCCUCUUAACAAUGGCGGCUUGUUCUUCUGUUAUUUUCUCUGCUUCUGUCAUUGAAGAUCUUAACACCUUACACCCACCUUCGGAUUUCAACUCUACAAUCUCCAAAAACUGUCUUUUAAACCCUUCUCUUCGUUACUGCUCUACUUCUCCAAUGAAUCUCAUUGAAAUCUUCAAGUCCUCCAUUGUUGCUAGCCAUCUUUGCAACGAUUCCCGCAACCCCAAUUGUGUUGAGUCGUUUCCGAAAAUUGAUCUUCGUAGUCGACCCAAUAUUGCUCCGUUGUAUUUGUCGUUUCAUUUCUUUUGGAAGUACUGUCCUCUGAGUAUCCUCUCCAUUGAUCUGUCUAACAAUUCUUUGAAGGGUAGUUUCCCUAUUGAUGUUUUGGAAUGUAAACAAAUAGAGGCUCUUGAUCUUAGUCGAAAUGAUCUCGUUGGCGAAGUCCCGUUUCGGAUUUUCUCUGAUCUUACUAACCUGACUACUCUAAAUCUGUCUUACAAUCAAUUCUCUGAAAGUAGGAUCUCUGAUUCAGAGUUGUUCUUUAAACGGUUUAAUUCGUCGAGUUUUAUAAGUUCGGGUCUUCUUCCGGAUCAUAGGAAGUAUAGAAUGAAGGUUGUGAUUCUGUUGAUUGUGUUUCCCAUUCUUGUGAUUGUGUUAGUGUGGUUCUUGGGGUGGCUUUGCUUCCACAGGCCUGAUUUCUUGCCAAGGAUGUUGAGGAGGAAGCACAAGUUCACGCCGGCGAUGCUCAGGGCAGCAACCGACGGAUUUUCGGAGAAGAAUUUGAUAGUGAAGUGUGAGGGAGUUGAUAUUUACAGUGGAGUUCUAAGAGGUGGGACUGAAGUGAGGAUUGAAAUCUACAAGAAUGGGAAUUCAAGGGAGAGUAGGGAUGAGUUUAUUGAAGAAUGCAAGAUCUUUACCCAAUUGUCCCAUAAAAACUUGGUGAAAGUGCUCGGUUGGUGUCACAACCGACGAAUGAGAGCCCUCGUGAUCGAGGCAUCUGAGGGAGAGAGUGUCGACAUGUGGCUGUCGAGGUCGCGUCCACCAUGGAAACAGAGACUGAAAGUAGCCAAAGGAGUGUUAGAAGGUAUGGUUUAUUUGCAGGAACAAUGGCCUGCUGUUGAUUAUGAUCUCAGGACAGAAAGCCUCUUGUUGUCCAGAAAGCUAGUGCCAUUGAUUUCAAGGUUCAAAUUGGGUCAUCAAAAUUGCAGCUCAAGAAAUAUCUACAAGUUCGGUGUGCUCUGGUUUGAAAUGAUAGUGAAUAGGCAGCUACGGGACGAGAUCAAGCGAGAUGAAUCUAGUUUCAUUAGAAACAUAAAAACACAAAUUUCCAAGAAUUUGCAGGCAGUGAUCAAUGAAUGUAUAGAACUACAGAGAGAAAGCAUGGUGAAUCAAGCAAAAACAGCAAUGAACCUGGCAUUGAUGUGUACAGAUCAAUCACAUGGACAUCAGCCAAAUUUGAAAUACAUAUAUGACACUGUAACUAGAUUAUCAAGUAAUCAAAAGAUGCAGGAAACUGAGAAAAUUAGGCAUGAGAGGAUUCUAUCAAGAAAAUAAGAAGGUAUAUUUAUGUUGUCAAU